AUGAUCAGUGUCGCGACCCAAAGUCAACCGGGUUUGCGACACAAUGAUGCAAUCUACCGAGGCGACCAGACACGCGGAGUCGACGACGGACCGAUCACUAAUAGUCCUAGCCGUCGAUUGAAAGACGUUGGAAGCAGUACGGAAGAUGUCAAACGCGACCCCGACGAUGAUGGUGGAUACUAG